ACAGUGAUGUUAUUUUGUGUGUUUGUACAAUGGACCUAACACUGUAAGUGGGGGCACCAUUUUCCCUUUGGCAUGUGCUCUCAACUACUGUCUAUGCCAUCAACACGCCUUUGGACCCCAAUCCCAUGCCUAUAAAUUUCAUCAUUCUCCUCCGUUUCUAGCCAACACAUCCCCAUGGCUACCCACAGAAUUGUUACUUCGGUUUUGUUUAUGUUAUUAGGCUUAGGAAUAUGUUCUGCCACUAGAGCCCUCUUCACUUAUGAAGAACCUAUUCACCACAUUCCUGCAGUUGGCUAUGGCGAAGGCCAUGGUGCUGGUGGAGGUGCUGGAUAUGGUGGUGGUGAGGUUGGUGGAUAUGGUGGUGGAGGUGGCUCAGGAGGUGGUGGUGGUGCUGCGCAUGCAGCUGUAGGGGGAGCUGGUGGAUAUGGAAGUGGUGGUGGUAGUGGAGAAGGUGCUGGCGGUGGUUAUGGAGGUGCUGGUGGACAUGGUGGCGGUUGCGGUAGUGGCAGUGGUGGUGGAGCUGCUUAUGGUGCUGGAGGUGAGCAUGGUGUGGGAUAUGGAAGUGGUGGUGGUGAAGGAAGCGGUGCUGGCUAUGGCGGUAGUGGUUAUGGAGGUGCUGGUGGACAUGGUGGUGGUGGUGGUGGUGGUGGUGGCAGUGGUGGAGGAGCUGCUUAUGGGUCUGGUGGUGACCAUGCUGCUGGAUAUGGAAGCGGUGGUGGUGGUGGUGAAGGUGCUGGUGCUGGUGCUGGCUAUGGAGGUGCUGGUGGACAUGGUGGUGGAGGCGGCAGUGGAGGUGGAGCUGCCUACGGUUCCGGAGGUGAGCAUGGUGCUGGAUACGGAAGUGGAGGUGGUGAAGGUGGUGGUGCUGGCUAUGGAGGAGGAGGCGGUGGUGGAAGUGGCAGUGGUGGUGGAGCUGCUUAUGGCGCUGGAGGUGAGCAUGGUGCUGGGUAUGGAAGUGGUGGUGGAGAAGGUGGGGGUGCGGGUGCUGGUGGAUACGGAAAUAUUGGUGGGGGAGGUGGUGGUGGUCAUGGUGGAGGCGGUGGAGCCGGAUAUGGAGCUGGAGGGGAGCAUGGAGGUGGUUAUGGAGGAGGUGAAGGCGGUGGCUACGGUGGUGGUGCUGGUUCUGGCGGUGGCGGCGGCGGUGGGAGUGGAGGUGGUGGUGGAGCAGGUUAUGGUGCAGGAGGAGCCCAUGGAGGUGGAUAUGGUGGAGGUGGAGGAGCUGGGGAAGGUUAUGGUGGAGGUAGUGGUGGUGGUGGUGGUGGUGGUAGUGGUGGUGGAGGUGGUGGAGGCUAUGCUCCUUGAAAAAUCCAGACCACAUCAAAUCUUUAUACUCUAAAUAAUAAUAAUAAUUACUAUUAUAUGAACGAGGCUAAGAAGAUGCUUUAUAUUUAUAAGUAACACAAGGAAGAGAUGGAUAUUAUAAGUUUGUAUCAAUCAUAAAUAUAUAUUCUUCUAUUUAAAAUAAA